AUGCCGGACCAAGCGUCGGGAACCGUCCAGGCCGCCUCGGCUCGGGUCUCCUCGUUUUUCAUCGCCAACCUACUGGCGGCCCAAACGAAACGGCGGCGGCGGGGGGACGAGGAAGAAGAGGAGGAAGAGGAGGAGGAGGCUGCGGAGGAGGAAUCCGGCCCUCGCCAGGCCCGAGAGGAAACCCCGGCGCCCCGCGCCCAGCCCGGACGCCCCUGCCCUCUCGCCUGCUGCCAGGCCCCGGGGCCCCGCCUGGAGCUCAGCUCGCCCCUGCGGGAGAGCGCCCUGGAGUGGUACCGACGGGCCCGCAAAGCUUUUAGGAGCUGCGCCAGUCCGGAAACCAGCGACAGAGACUCCCCGGAGAUCGCCGAAGGAGCUACCCAGCCGAAGGCAAGUCGCCAGCCGCGGGGGACAGCCGACCCCAACGCCGUCGAGGAGAAGAGUACAGAACCGGGCCGGGGCCGUCCCGGAUCCGGCGGGGGCGUCGCCGACGGCAAGCAGCGUCCGGAGGAGCCCGAGGCAUCCGAGGCGCGGGCCGGCGGGCGCAAGAAGAAAACGCGCACCGUCUUCAGCCGCAGCCAGGUGUUCCAGUUGGAGUCCACCUUCGACGUCAAACGCUACCUGAGCAGUUCGGAGCGGGCCGGCUUGGCCGCCUCGCUGCGCCUGACCGAGACGCAGGUCAAGAUCUGGUUCCAGAACCGGCGCAACAAAUGGAAGCGCCAGUUGGCCGCCGACCUAGAAGCCGCGCAGCUGCCUCCUUCCACCGCCCAGCGGAUCGUCCGCGUCCCGGUGUUGUACCACGAUAGCUCGCUGGCGGGCAGCGCCUUGGCAGCCUUGCCGCUGUCCCCCCACGGCCCGCCCCCGCCGCCCUCGCUGCUCGGCCUGGCGGGCGGCCCCGUGGCUUACCCGCUGAGCGCCUUCCCGGCGGCGGCCCCGUUCUUGCGGGCGCCGGUGAGCGGCCUGGUUUAA